CUCUCUUCUCUUUGAAAAUUGUGAAUAAUAUAAUGACAAGUGCAAGAGUGUUAUUGAAGGAUGAACUUGACAUAGUGAUUCCAACCAUAAGGAACCUCGACUUCCUCGAGAUGUGGAGGCCGUUCUUCCAGCCAUACCAUCUCAUCAUCGUUCAAGAUGGUGACCCUUCAAAGACCAUUAAGGUACCUGAUGGAUUCGACUAUGAGCUCUAUAACCGCAAUGACAUUAACAGAAUCUUGGGUCCCAAGGCUUCUUGCAUCUCCUUCAAGGAUUCUGCUUGUCGUUGCUUCGGUUACAUGGUCUCCAAGAAGAAGUAUAUCUACACCAUUGAUGAUGAUUGCUUUGUUGCAACUGAUCCAAGUGGAGCAAAGAUUAAUGCACUUGCACAGCAUAUACAGAACCUUCUGUGUCCAUCAACACCUUACUUCUUCAACACUCUGUAUGAGCCUUACAGAGAAGGUGCAGAUUUCGUUCGAGGCUACCCUUUCAGUCUUCGAGAAGGAGUUCCUACUGCUGUUUCUCAUGGACUUUGGCUUAACAUCCCAGACUAUGAUGCACCAACUCAGCUUGUGAAGCCUCUUGAGAGGAACACUAGGUACUAA